UAUCAGCCCAAAGGCAGAGGGUAUCCCUCCCUGUAAUACGUACUAGUAUUCGAGGAGCGUGCUAAAGUAGUAUCCUCUCUUGAUGCUCCUCGUCUCCCUCCACUGAGUACUCCCUUCCUCUCCUCAUUCUCAUCUCAGUCCUCUCCUCCUCCCUCGAAUAAGAUAGAUCCGCCCUUGUUGCUGAUCUCAUCUCGCCUCCUAUUGGCCUCGCCCCUGCCAACUGACUGCUCUAUUGGUGACCGUGGACUUUUUGGGGUGGGAUCGUGGGGCUCUGUAUCUAUCUAGGAUGGAGAUUCCAAGCAAUUUACUCUCUUGAGUGCUGUUGGUCUUCCUCUGCUCCUCGUCUCCGCUUCCUCUCAGUCUCCUCCAUUGCGCUGCCUGGAACAGAUCGAUCCGCCUUGUUGCUGAUCUCAUCCAUCCUCCGUGGAGAUUUCGGGUGGCAGUUUCCAGUGACUAUUCAGAGCACCAUACUAGUGGCCUGAUCGAGUGAAGCGACAUCCGCCGCCGUCUUGUCCCCUACGACGCCGCUGUGUUCUGCUCUGUCCUCCUCUGCCGGUGAAGCAUCAACGGUGACGGCCAUCCGGUGUUGACGCCGCGGCUGUGUUCUCCUCUGCCGUGAAGUAUCAAAGCUCCCCAUAUUCAUCUAUUUUGCACCAUGCAUCGAAUCCACUGACCUCCACACGCUCACGGAUCUGGCCUCUGGUGCCCACACGCUCACGGAUCCGACAGAGUGCUCCCUUCCUCUCAUCUCAGUCCUCAUCUCCUGGUCGAUCCGGCUUCUUGUUUGGUGAGCUCGUCCAACCUCCGAGCUCGCCCCUGACACCUGUGGAGUGGAGUGGAGCAGCUAGCAAGAAUCAUGGAGUUUCCAAUCAUUAUUCAGAGCACCACGCAUGGAAUCCACUGACCUGAUUGAGUGAAGCGCCGUCUUGUCCCCUCACGGAUCUGGCCUCUGGUGCCCAGCCGCCGCUUUCGCUUCGUUGUCCGACGAGGCCACCGCCGCUGUGUUCUGCUCUGCCGUGAAGCACAAAAGGGUGUCAGUGGAACAGCAAGCAAGAACCGUGGAGUUUCCUGUCAUUCAGAGCACCAUGCCUCAAAUUCACUGACCCGUCUAGCUGCCUGGGUGGGGUCGUGGGGCUCUGUAUCUAUCUAGUACGGAGUACCACUGUAUUCCAAGCAAUUUACUCUCUUGACUGCUGUUGGACUUUCUCUGUCCCCGCUUCCAUUGUGCUGCCUUGAACAGAUCCAUCCACCUUGUUGCUAAUCUCAUCCAACCUCCGGGGCCGCCGUGUUGUCCCCAUCGAGCAAAGCGUUUAAUCCACUGACCCGCUUCGUUGUCCGCACAGCGCGACCAUCCGACGAAGACGCCGCCGUUGUGUUCUGCUCUCCUCUGAAGCAUCAAAAGGUUUCCAGCCGAUUGAUCAAGAGAGCUCUCAUGGAUAUUGUCACGGGUGCCAUUGCCAAGCUGAUCCCCAAGCUGGGAGAACUGCUUGUGGGGGAGUACAAGCUGCACAAGGGCGUCAAGAAAAAUAUCGAGGACCUCCUAAAAGAGCUCAAGACCAUGAACGCUGCGCUCAUCAAGAUUGGUGAGGUGCCGCCGGACCAGCUCGACAGCCAAGACAAGCUUUGGGCCGAUGAGGUCAGAGAGCUCUCCUACGUCAUUGAGGAUGCGGUGGACAAGUUCCUCGUACGGGUCCAUGGCGUUGAGCCCGACGACAACACCAACGGAUUCAAGGGGCUCAUGAAGAGGACCACCAAGUUGUUGAAGAAAGUCGUGGAUAAGCAUGGAAUAGCUCACACGAUCAAGGACAUCAAGAAGGAACUCCAGGAGGUGGCUGCUAGGCGUGACAGGAACAAGUUCGAUGGUAUUGCUUCUAUUCCUACUGAAGCAAUUGAUCCUCGUCUCCGUGCUCUAUACAUAGAAGCGGCAGAGCUAGUUGGCAUCUAUGGGAAGAGGGAUCAGGAGCUCAUGAGUUUACUCUCCUUGGAGGGCGAUGAUGCCUCUACCAAGAAACUGAAGAAGGUCUCCAUUGUUGGAUUUGGAGGGUUGGGCAAGACCACUCUUGCCAAAGCAGUAUACGAGAAGAUUAAAGGUGAUUUUGAUUGUCACGCAUUUGUUCCUGUCGGGCAGAACCCUAACAAGAAGAAGGUUUUUAGGGAUAUCCUCAUGGAUCUCAGCAACUCUAACUCAGAUCUUGCAUUAUUGGAUGAAAGGCAGCUUAUCAACAAACUUCAUAAAUUUCUCGAGAACAAGAGGUACCUUGUCAUAAUUGAUGAUGUAUGGGAUGAAGGUUUGUGGAAAGACAUCAACCUUGCUUUCUCCAACAGGAACAAUCUAGGCAGUCGGCUAAUCAUCACAACCCGCAUUUUUGGUGUCUCCGAGUCAUGUUGCUCAUCGGCUGAUGAUCCGGUUUAUGAAAUUGAACCUCUUUCCAUAGAUGACUCCAGCAAGCUCUUCUAUACAAGAAUAUUCUCGGAUAGUGGAUGCCCAAAGGAAUUUGAACAAGUGUCUAAAGAUAUAUUGAAGAAAUGUGGUGGGGUACCACUAGCCAUCAUUACUAUUGCUAGUGCUUUGGCUAGUGGCCAGCAAGUGAAACCAAAGCAUGAGUGGGAUAUUCUACUCCAGUCCCUUGGCUCCGGAGUAACAAAAGAUAACAGUUUGGUUGAGAUGCGGAGAAUACUAUCUUUCAGCUAUUAUAAUCUACCGUCUCAUCUGAAAACUUGUCUACUAUACCUAUGUCUAUAUCCAGAAGAUAGCGAGAUUUAUAGAGAUAGACUGAUAUGGAAGUGGGUGGCUGAAGGAUUUGUCCACCAUGGAGAUCAAGGGACCAGCCUGUUUUUGGUCGGAUUAAACUACUUCAACCAGCUCAUUAAUAGAAGUAUGAUCCAGCCAAUAUAUGAUGAUCUAGGCCAGGUACAUGCUUGCCGUGUACAUGAUAUGGUUCUGGACCUUAUCUGCAACUUGUCACAUGAAGCAAAGUUUGCGAAGUUAUUGGAUGGUACUGGGGAUAGCAUGUCUUUACAUGGCAAUGUUCGUCGUUUGUCCCUUCAAGAUAGAAAUAAAGAUGAUCAAGGCACACCUCUCAGAAAUUUCACGGGUAUAUCACGAGUGAGGUCAAUUACUAUCUUUACAUCUGCUAUUAAUAUCAUGCCAGCCCUGUCAAGGUUUGAAGUUUUGCGUGCACUUGAUUUGUCGGACUGUAACCUUGGGGAAAGUAGCAGCCUGCAGCCUAACCUCAAGGGUGUUGGACACUUAAUUCACCUAAGGUACCUAGGUCUAGCAGGUACUCAAAUUAGUGAACUCCCGACUGAGAUAGGAAACCUGCAAUUUUUGGAGGUGUUGGAUCUUGUAAGGAAUUAUGAGCUAGAUGAAUUGCCGUCCACUCUUUUUAAAUUGAGAAGGUUAAUCUACCUAAAUGUUUGGUUCUAUAAGGUGGUUCCAACUCCUGGUGUGUUGCAGAAUCUGACAUCCAUUGAAGUGUUGAGGGGGAUAUUGGUCUCUCUGAACAUUAUUGCACAAGAGCUUGGAAACCUAGCAAGGCUGAGGGAGCUUCAGAUUCGCUUCAAGGAUGGUAGUUUGGAUUUGUAUGAAGGUUUCGUGAAGUCUCUGUGCAACCUACAUCACAUCGAAAGCCUAAUUGUUAGUUGCAAUUCUGGAGAAACAUCUUUUGAACUGAUGGAUCUCUUGGGAGAACAAUGGGUGCCUCCUGUACAUCUCCGCGAAUUUGCGUCAUACAUGCCCAGCCAACUCUCUGCACUGCGAGGGUGGAUAAAGAGAGACCCUUCGCAUCUCUCGAACCUCUCCGAGUUAAUCCUCACGUCAGUGAAGGAAGUGCAGCAGGAGGACGUGGAAAUCAUUGGGGGGUUGCAGUCCCUUCGACGUCUCUGGAUAACGAGCACCCACCAAACACAGCGGCUGCUAGUCAUCGGUGCAGAUGGGUUCCGCUGUAUGGUAGACUUUGAGUUGUAUUGUGGAUCCGCAACGCAGAUAAUGUUUGAAUCAGGAGCUUUGCCGAGGGCGGAAGAAGUUUGCUUCAGCCUGGGCGUGCGCAUGGCGAAAGAGGAUGGUAACCGUGGUUUCGACUUGGGCCUGCAGGGGAACCUGCUCUCCCUUCGGCGGCGUGUCUGCGUUUGGAUGUGUUGUGGUGGAGCGAGGGUUGGGGAGGCAAAAGAAGCGGAGGCUGCGGUGAGGCACGCCCUCGAUGCCCAUCCCAACCAUCCCAGGAUUUCUAUUUCUAUGCGCCCGAGUAUAGCAGAAGAUGCUCAUGAUGACGAUUUGUGUGAGGACGAGGAGGAGAACUGAUUUCUGAUCCAGAGCGACUCACAAUAUUGCAUCAGAUGUGCUCUCGGGUAGCAGGGGCCUGGGACGGUGGGGGUUACUGCUGGUGGCAACGGAGAUGAAUGUUUCCCAAACAUUUUGGGUGGGCGCUCGCCGUGCAAAGGUUUCAAACAUUCUGGAGGUUGUGUGAUGAGCUUCUUUUAAAUGGCACUCAGCUUGCAGAAAGAGAUAUUCCUUGGUUUUGUAACGAAUAAGUAAGGGUGUUGGGGUGAAUUGAUCCUGACAAGGAUAGCUUUGCUUUGCUUCAGUUGAGGGCCAUCGUUGCUGCUCUGUUUUGCAUGUUGUUACAUGGGAGGGCUAGCCCAUGACAUGCUGGUGUUUUUUGUUUUUUAAGCUGAGACGGACAAACCUGUGGGUGUAUUAUCAGUUUCCUGAUGAAUGAAAUGGGGGGCUCACCUGAGCUCCUUAAUUUGAAUAAAAACUGCGGUUCACUGUU